UAUUUAUUUAUUUAAGUACUUACAAUUAAAUCCAAGCCAGUAUUGUAGUUACAUAUGUACAUAUAUAACUUCGAUUGCAUCAUAUUAGAUAUUACAUACUCAAUGCCGGCACCUAACUGAGGAGAGAUGCCGACCACAUUUCCACAUAGACAACUGAGUGACAGGAAGAAUAGCCAAUUUGCUCAAAAUGAAUGACAUGCAUGCAACAUGAUUUGUGCGGAGGAUACAAUUAAUUUGUACAGCUGGUCUUGCAACGAUCCGCAUGCAUUAUUCAAAAUAAUUUUAAGUGAAAUGUGGUCAGAACAAGUUUUUGCUUGCUUACUCUUUCUUUUAGUAGGCAUAAAUCUGAAUAAAACUGCUUGUACACGCAAAUCGCAUUUGGAUCACUUAAAAUUUAGCCUCGUACGCACUUGCCAACGCUCUACAACGGCUGCAAUUGCCUAUGAGAAUGUAGUUACUCUUGAAGAUUGUGUGCGUGCGGCGAAGUCGGCACGCGGUCUGGCUUUGAAUUUUGGCACAAGUGCAAGAGGCAAAUAUAAAUUGAAGGGGAGUGAAGUAUUUGAAAUACUACUUACUGAACAACAGCUAGAGCAAAUAACGCGUCCGAAUGAAAGUCGCUAUAGUGAAAACCGUCGGAGUAUUUGGCAGCGCCCGCAGGAGCAUUUCAAUUGUCACAUACUCGCAUGUCCGGAGAACAAUACAAUGCGCAAUCUGGUGAAUGACAGUCGUUAUGACUAUUAUAGUUUGUAUGGCGAGCCAGUGGCAUCUCUCAACUAUUCCUGCGUUCCUCAAGUGGGCUUAUUUCAACUACAAGUAGCACCUGCUAAUUUUCACAAUGCCACCCAAAAUUGCCGCAAUACUGCAAUUGUUGGUGGCGUGGCCAACUUGGCACACGUUGCCUCGGCAGCUCGGACAAAUGCUUUCGCAGAACUUCUACGAGUAUACAAUAAAAAUGCACGACAGCACAUAUUGGCUUACGUUGGCCUGCACUUCAACCGAACGUACAAUAGCCAGCCUAUUGAGUACAUUAAUAUGGAAGAGGAACCCCUACGCUGCUUUCAGUUUGCGGCUUGGGCGCCGGGACAUCCACAUACUAGCAGCACCCAGUUUGCCAAUGUAAGCUGCAUUGCUGUGACUCUUGAACGCACUUGGAUGACAGUGGACUGUGAACGGGAGCUUCCUUUUAUUUGCGAGAUAUACACUUCGAGGGGUAACAUAAACGAAACUUCAAUAACAGCAGGCACAUGUGCGCCUAGUACUUAGACAUGAAACACAAUAUUAAUUUUAUUAAACACUUUUAUUAACACUAUUGGAUUAGCAUAUGUAUAAAAAUUUAUUUUCACUCAAAGCCAAGGCACAUUCAAUAUGCCUAGCUAGAAGCAUAAAAUAACCGCGAAACUAAUCUACAUUUCCUGUCGGAUGUAUUGUUGUAAUUUAUUAGUGUGCAACUAGUUACCGGUAGGUGCCGCCCGUCAACUAA